AGAAAUGGUUGCAAUCGUUGUCUGCAUUUCAUGAACCCUUUCGUAAUCAACGCAACCAUUCAUUGGACUUAUAGUGAACUUCUGGACAAUGAAGUGAAGUGUGGUAUAGGAUGUUGAGUAUGAGUCACAUGCCAGACAUGUCUUCAGAUACAAGCUGUUUGCCGGCGAAAGAGAGGUGCGAUCACCGGAUGAAUACAUCGAUCACACCGUUCCAGCAGAUGAUGUCUUCGUGUACGGGAGCGCUCAUUACUUCCAUCUUCGUGACCCCUUUAGAUGUGGUGAAGAUAAGGAUCCAAUCGCAGCAGAAGGAGUUCAUGAAAAACAAGUGCUAUUUGUAUUGCAAUGGACUUAUGGAACACAUCUGCUAUUGUCCUGCAAAUGAUGUCAACACUUCCAACACAUCCAACACUAAUGGUAAGAGUGGUGCCACUCAUGCAUAUCAUAGCAUGAGUUCUGCGACAAUGCAUCGCAACCACAUGUUGCAGAGGAACAGACACUUCACGGGAACUGUGGACGCGUUCAUCAAAAUAACGCGAAACGAAGGCCUGGCCUCUCUUUGGAGUGGACUUCCGCCCACUUUAGUUAUGGCAAUUCCGGCCACUGUUAUAUAUUUCACGGUUUAUGAUCAGUUAAGGGAACACAUAAACCGAAGGUUCAAAUUAGUGGAUCAGCCCCUAUGGGUGCCCGUCGUGUCCGGAGGGUUUGCCCGGGUAUUCGCGGCCACGACUAUCAGUCCC